AAAGCGGCUGCACCAGCGCGCUGCCAGGCCCCCUCGCCCUGUCUCACCUGCGCAAGAGCUAAAAUUACAUCCCUCUCAUAAGAACGCACGUUGUCUUAGGCUCUUGUUCCCCCAAACAGUGAACAUGGAAAGCUACCACAAACCCGACGAGAAAACCCUCCAGGGCCUGAAAGACGUCGCUAACAAGCUAAGGAUUCACUCCAUCAAGGCAACGUGCGCCUCAAAUUCCGGGCACCCCACCUCCUGCUGCAGUGCUGCUGAGCUCAUGUCGGUACUUUUCUUCCACACUAUGCGGUACAAAGCUAGUGACCCUCGCAAUGCCUGCAAUGACCGCUUUGUCAUGUCCAAGGGUCAUGCAUGUCCCAUCCUCUAUGCAGCCUGGGUAGAAGCUGGUUAUGUGAAGGAGGCUGACCUGCUUAACCUGCGCAAGAUUGACUGCGACCUUGAGGGCCAUCCUACACCUAAAUUGGCUUUUGUUGAUGUAGCCACUGGAUCUCUGGGUCAGGGUCUGGGAGCUGCAUGUGGAAUGGCCUACACAGGAAAGCACUUUGACAAGUCCAGCUACCGUGUGUACUGCCUGCUGGGAGAUGGUGAGUGCUCAGAGGGGGCUGUGUGGGAGGCCAUGGCUUUUGCUUCCCACUAUGGCUUGGACAACCUGGUGGCAAUCCUGGAUGUGAACCGUCUGGGUCAGAGUGAGGCUGCCCCACUGAAACAUGAUACAGCUGCCUUCCAGGAGCGCUGCAAGGCUUUUGGGUGGAACACUUAUGUAGUGGAUGGCCAUGAUGUAGAGGAGCUCUGUAAGGCUCUCUGGCAUGCAGAGCGCUUCAAAGGGAAGCCCACUGCCAUUGUUGCCAAAACCUUCAAGGGCAAAGGUCUCAAAGGAAUUGAGGAUCAGGAUAGUUGGCACGGCAAGCCCAUCCCUAAAGACCGCGUGGAUGCACUACUCGCUGAGCUCCAGGCUCAGAUUCAGGCUCCCCAUAAACCUCUCCAAGCUGAGCUGCCCACUGAGGAUGCAGCUCCUGUAGAUUCCAAGGCCAUCCAGCUGCUCUGUGCUCCAGAAUACAAGAUUGGUGACAAGAUCUCUACCAGAAAAGCCUAUGGUGUGGCCCUAAAGAAGAUGGGUGAUGCUAGCCAGCGUAUUGUGGCACUGGAUGGAGAUACUAAAAACUCCACUUUUUCCGAUAUCUUCAAGAAAGCUCAUCCUGAUCGCUACAUUGAGUGCUUCAUCGCUGAGCAGAACAUGGUGAGUGUUGCAAUUGGUUGUGCCACCCGUGACCGCACGGUCACAUUUGCCAGCACGUUUGCUGCCUUCUUGUCUCGUGCCUAUGAUCAGAUCCGUAUGGCAGCCAUUUCCCAGUCUAACGUCAACCUUGUAGGCUCCCACUGUGGUGUCUCUAUCGGUGAGGAUGGCCCCUCUCAGAUGGCUUUGGAGGACCUUGCAAUGUUCCGUGCUAUCCCAACUUGCACAGUCUUCUACCCCAGUGAUGGUGUGUCCACUGAGAGGGCUGUGGAGUUGGCAGCCAAUACAAAGGGUAUUUGUUUCAUCCGGACCAGCCGGCCAGACACAGCGAUCAUCUAUGAGUCAGGCGAGAAAUUUGAAGUCGGCAAGGCCAAGGUGGUGCGUCAGUCUGACAAAGAUCAAGUGACUGUGAUUGGAGCUGGAGUUACGCUACAUGAGGCCCUCUCUGCACAUGAGCAACUGGCCAAAGAAGGUGUGAACAUCCGUGUGAUCGAUCCUUUCACUAUUAAGCCCCUGGAUGCUGCCACCAUUGUGGCUAGUGCUCGUGCUACUGGAGGCAGAGUGAUCACAGUGGAGGACCACUACAAAGAAGGUGGGCUGGGAGAGGCUGUGCUGGCAGCAGUGGGAGAAGAGCCAGGUAUCGUGGUCCAUAGACUGGCUGUUGACCGUGUGCCCCAGAGUGGCAAACCCCAGGAGCUGCUAGACAUGUUUGGCAUCAGUGCCAAGUGUAUUGUCGCUGCUGUCAGACAGACUUUUGCCAACUGAAUCCCUCUUCUGAAAGUCUGCCCUCCUACUGCUUCCUCCCAAACUAGCACUGACCUAGAGCUUAAUCACUUAUCUUCUGUAAGAAGUUUCCCCUGCUUGGCACUAUGUAAUUAAUGAAAUCUUAUAGAUUUUCAUUCCUACCCCACUUACAUGUGUUCAUAUUUCACUUUGUUUGGCCUUCAAGGCUUUAGAUGGAGCAGCUUUUGAAAAUGUCCACAUUGUUACACAUUCAUUUUAAAGAUCGUGCUCAGUUACAUAUUGAUAAGCAUUUCAUUCGUAAAAUCAAGAUUUCAACUCAUCACUUCAGUGACAUUCCAGUUCUGGUAUUCCUCCAGCAUCUUUUCUUCCCUGCUAAAACAAUCACAUCAUUGUUGUAUUGUCCUCUGGUCAUUUGUCUGUCCUGAGUGCUUAAACGUGCGAUGGAGUUAUUCUUAAAUGAUGGUGCUCAAGAGGGCGUGACAGAGAGGCCUGUAGUCUCUUUCAUUGCUUCUGUGUAGCUACUGAGUUAGGCCAGAGUUGCUUUUGAUGCAGCGGAUCUUGUGAGCUGAUGAGCUGUAUCUGUAUGUCAUGUUAUGAAGUAUUCAUUCGUUGCUUGUGUGAACUUGUAUAUCUGGUUUACACUGCCUUUAAUAUACUGUAAUAAAAUUAACUUCACACAGAA